AUGUCCAAUACGGAUUUCCAGCGGACUGAAUAUCUAAAUCUUCUGGCCUCGUUGCAACCGGAGCAGGCCGUGAACAUCCUCAAUGACCGCGUCACACUCAUCACAAAGAUCAACAAUGACAUUGCCGAUUGGCUUCUGGAGCGUCGGAAGGUAGAGGAAGCCUACGUUGCGGGCCUGCGGAAGCUUGCGCGAAGGCCACAGCAAGAUGGAGCCGCUGCUCUUGGCAUCUUCCAGAUGCCCUGGCAGCGCAUCGUCUCGGGUACUGAGAACCUCGCGGCCUCCCACGAAACCCUUGCGACUAAGAUCGAGACCGACGUCGAAACCCCAUUGCGCAGCUGGGCGACACGAAAUAAAUCCAUGCACAGCUUAAGCACUGCCCAGGGGAACUUGACCACGAUCGCGAAAGAGUUGUCCAAUGCACAAAGAAAGGCUGCAAAAGGUGGAAGAAGGGCUGACACCGCCAGCACCACGGUGGAAGAUGCCUCGCGUCAGUGGGAAGCCCAAGCACCAUACGUCUUUGAACAGUUACAAGUGGUGGAUGAGCUCCGAGUCAACCAUCUGCGAGACGUCCUCACGCAGUUUCAGACCCACGAAGUGGACUGCAUCGAAAAGAACAAGGUCAGCGCGGAGUCGUGUCUCAACGCCUUGCUCAACGUCGAGACGGCGGAUGAAAUCAAGACGUUUGCAGCCACGGCUGUUACCGCUCCUCCUCCUCCCGGUCCUCUGCGCAGGCUCAGUUCAGCGACGGCUGGUGGGAGACCGACCAGCUCCUCACUGCGCGCGCCACCGACGCCGCCACCACCUCGAGGCACGUCUGAAGGGCACAACCAACGCUCGAAUUCUUUAGCCGGCCAAGAUAGACUGGCACCCCUGCCUGACAGUACGCCGCACAAGGAGAAGAGCAAAUUGGGUGGUCUCAAACGUCUUGGUACUGUCAUGAACAGACGGAAGAGCACCGUCCCACCGGUGCCUCCCACAGAAGAGAAGAGGAGAACGCGGUUCGUACCGUUCAGAAGAGGGGAUUCAUCACGGAGCUUUCAGGAUCUGGAAGAGUCGGGUCAGGAUCUUACACCAGCUGCCACCCAAGAUCGGCCGACGUCUUCGGUCUCCCAAGAUCGACGGCAUGAUGUUCCCAUCCGUGAUAUUUCGGAGCCACCGGUGCCUCUCCCCUUGACAAAUGGAACUACCCAUCCACAAAGUCCUUUGGAAUCACAACCGUCUGUGGCUCCAAGCCAACCUGGCCUUGCGGACAACAUCAGCACACCUCCGGCUCCGUUUAGCAAUAACCCCUAUCAACAAGCGACAUUCCAUCAGCCACCCGUUGCUGAGACCAUGAAUCCCAUCGCUCAGGCUCAGCAAGAGGCGGCCUUGGCUUCUGGCUCUGCGGACGAGUCGGCGCGGAAUUUUAUGAUCCGGGAUAAGCCAAUUGAAGAAGAUGAAAGCGAGGCUCAAUUGGCGAUGAACAACAUGGCCAACCAACUACGUUCUCAAGCGCAAAACGCCGGCAUCAAUCGUGUCCAAGGCAGUGUAAGAGGACGAAGAGAUGUGCGGAACACGAUGUACAUCCCGAGCAGUACGGAGGCUCUACCGCACACAGCUCGCGCUCCUGCGCCCGUGGCGAUACCAGAGAAUGCCACCUCCCCCGAGGCUACCCUCGCAUCCCCUCUGCAACGGCCACCAGUAGUGGGAGUCUUGCACGACGAUCAUGCUGCCAUGGGCUCCGACACUGCCUCGAUGCACUCAUCCAGAAGUCUCGCUGGCCCAAGUCCACAUCCAGAUUUGCAUGAGCCAGGCCUCAAUGCCUCGGUGAUCGAAACUGUGCACUCUUGGUUUACCGAAACCGGCAUCAGCAGGUCCUUCGUCCUUGGUGAAGUGGCCCUCGCGUGCAACCCGACCGGCCUCAAUGAUGCAGACACUGAAACGAUCCGGAUCCAACACUUCGAACUGCUCGACAAAGUUGCCGCGAACCCCAUAUUUAUGAGCCAGAUCAAGUCGCCUGAGGACUCGACCGCCCAAGCUGAGGAACGAGCCGGCUGCUAUUCCGUGCUGACGUCCUCGCUGAGGAGACCGACGCCCAUGAUUUGCUUGAAGUACCAGCUGCAUAUGGAAGAGAGUAAUCUGGCUCGAUACAGUCCGGUGUUGAUCACCCCGGCGUGGCAAAUCGUCGAGGGACAAGUGAGCGUGAUUGUAUUGUACAGCCUCAAUCCUGUCUUUGGCAGUGAGCCUGUGACGCUCCGAAACGUGCAGAUUAGUGUGAGUCUCGACACGACUGGUGAAGGGGCUGGCAAAGCCGCUUCUGCCAUGAUGGCCCCCACCCAAGGCGCCAGUUUCCGCCGCAAGACGUCGUCCGUGGUGUGGCGCAUGAACGAAUUCACCGUGAAACCCGAACAAGAACGCCUCCUGGUGCGGUUCAUGACCCAGGGCGGCUUGGCGAAGAAGGGCGGCGUCGAGGUCAAAUUCGAGAUUCCUGGUCGAACGGCAAGCGGUGUUGGCGUGGAGAAGCUCGUUGCCAAAGAAAGCGAUCCCUUCGCCGAUGACGGAGGCGCGGUUGAGGAUGCGGUGACGAAACAGAGCUGGGAGAUGGUGCCGACCAAGACGAAACUGGUCAGUGGCCGGUAUACCGCCAAUUGA